AUAUAACUGCCCUGCUCCACCUCUUCAUCGUACCUCACAGUACUUCCCCACUAAAUUCCUAUUUCACACACUCCACUCACACCUACUUACAUCCACGAACAAACACACAUUUACACAUACUACAAACAUGGGUCUCAUGUGGCACAAGGGCUUUGGCGGAAGGAGGGCUGGUGGCGGUGUCGUUGUUGACAAGCACGGUGUUCGACGCGCACCCUUUCGCAUCUCGUGCGGUGGUUUCUCUUGCUUCCGCUAAGCAUUCAUCUUCCUCACAUCAACGAUUCACGACUUCUCUCAACACGUCCACAUUUUGAUACAUUUGUUUUGCGAUGGCGUUACGGCUCGAAUCUGAACGGCGGUGAACAAGUGGAAGCUGUGCAUAGCUUCUUAGCGUCACAUGCAUGCGGAGUCACACGCACACACAUAUAUGCAAUCAGAUUCAUACAUGGUCCAUAACCUCAGUAGCCUAAUAAAAUAAGCAUGUUUGAGAUUUUAGUGCCAUCGUCAC